AUGUCACAUCAUGACGCUGUCGAAAUCCACGCCGGUGACAUCGACGAGAUAGAGGAAGAUGAUGUGGAGGUGAUUUUAUGUCCACUCUCUAUCUCUUCUCACUGUCUAUUCCCUUCCUCAUCUUCCUCGGCAUAUUCUAGAUUUCAUUCGACCCGGACCGACACUAGUUCAUAUUCAUCUUCUGUUUCGACAAGUACUUUCCAUUCAACUUCCACCCAAAACGCUCCUACGUCAGAAGAAACUGCCAACCUUGACAACUCGCCCGUGGAUGAUAUUUCGGAAAAUGGGAAGGACGACAGACCUGAUGUUCCAAAUCUCCCAGAUCAAACUUUUUUCAUCUCACAUGAUCCCAUUGGACAUUUUCUGGACGUGGAAAACCAUGGCUACUGUCCUGAAGAGUUUAGGACUGUUGAAGGUGAUGAAAUUGAUAUCGACUCCGAUUUAUUGGAUUUGAUCUCUUUACCUUUUUCCCCUUCGUUCUCAGAAUCAGGUGAAUCGUCUUGUUUCAAUACUUCGACAGUGAAAGAAACACUUGGAUCAAGAUUGGAAUGUACAAGUUCAUCCCUGAGGAAUUCAUCUUCGGUUGAUGAUGUUUCAACAUUUGGAAAUUCGAUUACUACAAGGAUGGUCCCCAUCAUUCCGCCGGCAACAAUCAUACGAGAGGUAGAGGGAAAUGAAGAGGAAGACGAUGAUGGACAUGGAAAUGGUCAUGGAGGAUCAGCUGAAGGACUGAGUAAAGGAAUUGAGCGAACUGAAGCAAUUGAACAUGGUGCACGGAAUGAACGAGAGGAAAUGGAUGAACUGGAUGAAGUGGACUACUGUCAAAAGGGGAAUAUAGGGAUUGAGAGAAGUAUGGACGAUGGGUUGACAAAUACGAUUUUGGAUGUCUUGACAGAAAAAAGUAUUGUGUUGGAGGACCAACUGCGUAAGACUGAGAAAUUACGAAAAAAUGAGAUAGGUCCUUCACCAUCACAUAGCUUUGGUGAUCUGGAUUGUUUGGAUAGUACGAACGAGUCUAAAGAAUGGGACGAUUUAGAUUGUCUGGAAGAUGACGAUGUGGGGAUAAACACAAAUACGGAUUCAUCCCCUCAUCCUACAAUUUUAUAUGACGGUGAUCAGGUGGAUGUUUCGAACCACCUCAGAGCUUCGGUUUGGGACACACAAGAAGGGUUCGAGGAAGAUUGGGAAUGUCAAUCUUUAAAUUCAGGAGUGGAAUCUCUUCCUCCUAGUCGAUCUAAUUCGCCUUCUCCAUUAGUUGACCGAGUCCAGGGAAGAACCUACGAAUCAAGUUGUACGUCUGUAUCAAUGAACUGUAGGGAAGAAGAGACUACACAAUAUGGACUACAAACUCCUUACUCAAACUCGCCCUCAUCCAUCAGAUCAGUGGACGAGAUCUCACCUAUUGUUCAAGUAUCUCACUCGGUCAACCACAAAUCUCCCUUUGAGUCUAUCGUUCCUUCCGAGUACGAACAUGAUCAUUCUACUUCACCUUGUCCCAAACGUACGAAAUCGACUCUCGCCUUCUCAUCUCUGGACUCACCCUCGUCCGAUCGCUUUCGAGUUGAUUCAAUCUCAGAGCAAGAAAGCUCUCGAAACCGGCAGACAGGUAUUGAGGGCUUUAAGACAGUCUCGAAAGGAAACACACGUGAAGAACGACCAGGUAACAUCUCAAACCCCAUCAUCGUCGAAGAAGAACAACAGUCUCUCCGAGAAGCUUCCGUCAUUCCACGUCAAAUACUUCCACCUUCCACAGGUCCUCAAAGGAGUAAAACCCGUUGGCCACCAUGGGGGGAUAACACGAUUCAAUCUCGUAUGCAAGAAAUCACUUGUGAUACUUGUCAAGGUAGAUUACAUUAUGCUUGUGCUUCACUUCAUGAUGAUGAUGAUAUGAGAGGAGAACCUUAUUCUUGUCCACCUUGUGUUACUUUAUAUUCAAUGUCAUCACCUUCUCUUUCACCUUCUCCCACAACUCCUUCCAAUUUACCCAAUUUACCCAAUUCAUCUUCCUCACCUUCAUCUUCAUCAAAUAAUCUCCCAUCAAAUUCUUUGAUAUCCAAAAGUACUUCAACGACAAAUACCAAAUCGAAAAACCUAGUACCUCGUAAAAUCAGAGGUCGUAUAGUUCCUAUAGCACCACACGAUCGUUGUAUUCGACCAGAUUGUAUCCUUCGCUCAAGAAUAUCACUCAAAAGAAAACGUGAUGAUACAGAAUUAUAUUAUUUCGAACGUAUCAUAGGUCGUAGAGUUCUUCAUAGAUUAGGUAACGGUAAAAGGGUAUUCGAAUUUUUGGUCAAAUGGGAAGGAUGGGAGAUAUACGAUUCUACUUGGGAAAAAUCACGUAAUAUACCUCAUGUGGAAGUCCAACAUGAAUUAUUCGAGAUUAUGGCAAAGAGACAAGGUUUAGAAAUGAUGACUAGGACUUGUUUGUUGAAUGAAGCUGAGGAAUGGUGGGAUGAUAUGGGUGAGUUGAAAAGGGAUAAAUUGGAAAUGUUAGGUGUUCAACCUGCACCUUGGUGGGAUUGA